CCUGCUCUUCUUUCGUUUCUCUCUCAGUUUUCCAUAACUGUUCUACUUUUUUCUCUUUCUACUUCUUCAUCUCCUCCGUGAAACAGAUCUGAAAAGCCUCUUUCUCUAGAAACCCCCUCUUCUAUAAUGGGAAACCGAAAAAUAUAAUUGAUUCUCCUUCUGUUUCUCCAAAACCCAACCCCCUUUCUCCAUAUUUUUUAUCACCUCCACAAAACCCAAUUUCUCUAACAAAUCCAAAGAGAACAGUUUCUUUCUCACCUUCAGAACGAAAAACUUCCAUCUUCUAAACUAUAUUCAUCAUCAUCAUUAAAUAAAACCACCUAUUUCAUCUUCCCACCAUCUCUUAAAAAUCCCCAAAUUUCCCAAUUUCAAAACCCCAACAGUCCUUCACUUCACCGGAUCUAUUCGAGGUCAUCUUAAACAAGUGAUGAAAGGCGAGUUUUAAUGUUUGCAAAUGAAAGAGAAGAUAUUUAUGGUGCCAAUUCUCUUCUUUAUGAGUUUAGAAGAAAAAACAUCUUUCCUAAACCUGUCCCAUGGUUCAGAUAAUCUGCAACUUAGAAAGAUUUGAACAUCAAUCUGGCCUGUAAAAGAUCCGGCUUUCGGUAUUGUAAAGGACAGUAAAUGCAGCUAAGAAGUUUUGGGUUUGGGAUCUUGGGUUUUAGAGUUGCUUUUUAGUUGUUGAAUUUCAAAAUAUUUUUUUGUUUUGAUUGCUUGUUUGAUAAAAUAUAUGUGGUUUGAUAUGAAUCUUGAUGUUGAAUUUUUUGGUUAUUGAUGUUUGCAGAGAUUUCGCUUGAGGAUACGUACAGAAGGUGCAAUUACAUUUCCUGGCUAAAUUGAUUGGGGCCUAUGGAUUUCCUCAUCCACCCAAUAGAGAAUGAUAAGGGGUGUCUAAAAAUUCAUAGAGAAUGGGUGAAACCAUACUUUGGAUUUCUCGUUUGAAAGGUUUUGAUGUUUCAUGUUUGAUCUUAAUUCAUGUUCUCCAUAAGUACACGUGAAUGAUGGAUUUAGGGUCAGGUAUUAUUUGUGCAAGUAGUGAAGAAUAUUCCUAUGAUGUCCUGGUUUUUUCUAGAAAAGUAAUUGAUAGGGGGAAGUUGUUUGGAUCGACAAGGAGGUCUUAUUAUUAUGCAGAUGGUGGAAGUGGUGAUGCUAAGAAGCUGCCUGAUGAUGAUGUUCUCUGGAUCAUUCAAUCGAGUCUCCAAAGGCCAAGGCAAGAUGAAUAGGGCAUGGCACAAGACACUUUUGAUCGAUUGCUUAUGGAAGUUUUUAAGUGCAAGUUCCUUUCACUCAAGAUGUUGGCUAUCAUUUUCUGUGGUUUCUCAGAAUUGCAGCAGUGGGUUCUAUUUUAUCUCAUGUUUAUGAUGGGUGGGAAUGAUGGUGCUUGGUUGAGGCGAUUUAUCAGGACCUAUCAUACAUCGCGCAUAAAAAUAUCUUUUCAAGGCCCGAUUGCUCAACUGCAAAUGAAAGAUUGCAGGCUUCGUAUAAAUAUCACAGCGGUCGGGAAGGUGUUCAUAGAGUCAGUGACAUCCACGAACAACUGCAGUUUGUUACUACUAUGGAAGCUCGUCGUUAUCAUUGAGUACAACUUUUUAUUUUUCAAAUGGAUUAUCAUGGAGUUACUUAGCUUUAUGGUCUCUGGAGCUAGUGGUAAGAAUGUCAGCUACGACAACAAUCACCUGGCACAGCCUCAGAAGGGUGCUUCUGUGAAGAUAAAAGCAAGUAGGAAUCUAUAUAUGAGUUAUUGUGGCAGUGAGCUUCUCAAGUUGAGGUUCAAAAAAAUCCAGCAUUAUCCACUUGUGUUGCUAGUACCUAAAAAGUUUAAACUGCGAAUAGUAUUGCAUAACAGGGCCAUAGGAGCUAAUGAAGUUGUUUGUGGUACUGUACCUAGUGUAGACAGACGAGUAAUAGCUUUGUGGUUGCAAGACAAGGUUGAAGAUGGUGGUAAAUGGAGUGAGCUGGACAGUACACUAAAGACGCAGUUAGAGUUUAUGACACUCAUUUCAGGUUCAGGUAGUGAUGGACAUGACACUGAGGAAAUGUCAGCUCUUGCUUCAUGUAGUGUUGGUGAUGAAAGUGGAGAAAUGUCAGCUCGUGCUUCAGGGAUUUUCCACGAUACUUCGCUAAUUUCUGGUUGUGGAGCUAUGUGGGGCUAUGGAGGUGAGAGCGUUUACACAACUAAUUAUAGAAGUGCAGCCGACUGCAUCCUAGCUACACCAAUUCUUAUGCACAGGUUCAGAGGUAGGGUCAUAUUGAUGGUUCUAUUCAAGGGUCAUGCAAACAUCUUUCGUCACCAAUGUGCCUGGGAAAUAAUGACAAUGAGGAUACACAAUGCGAUUUCUAUUCAUGCCUGCAAAGCCGUCACCUCUACUGUUUCUGGGAGUUUCAGUUUUAAAGAAAUAAGCACAAGAGAGAUCCAUGUCUUGAUUGCUUUUGGUAUAACUAUGAAGACUGUGGUUUAUAUUUUCCUUAUAGCAUACAAUUCUUUAUGCUAGUUUUGUUACAACAGAAGAACCAUCAUCAUUCAGAUACUAUCAGUGAUUCAGUAUACAACUACUUCUUGCAUACUCAGCGUACAACAAAAGCAAACCUACAUAGAUGGGUAUUUGCUUACUGCAUCAUUCUUCAAUGUGCUUGUACAAUCAGUUUCCGCGCCAAUUUUGAAGUGGGGAAGAAGUCAAAUUCUUAUUGUAGUGGCAGUAGCUGGAUCUGCCGUGAUCGAGAGUGUUUCCUAUCCUCCAUCCUUGAGGACAAGGAUGAUUUGGAGGGGUGUGUAUUUGUCAUAGACCAACUUUCUGAGUGCCUUUCUAUUUUAUAAUUCUUGACUAUUGGUGCCCUUAGUUUGUCAUCGGGUUCCUAAAUCCCAUGUCACACGGUUGACAUGCUUUCAGUGUGUAUUAGUAUCGUUGUUUUUUCUUGGAUACUCUUUAGCUAAGGAAUAAUGUAAACUUUAUCUUCUUCCCUAA